AUGAAGCGAGCAGCAGAGACAAUGCCGGGGGCCGUGCUGAAAAUGGAGCGAAGAAAGAGGGCGAGCCUCGAGGAGGAGGGGGAGGAUUGGAGGCUAGAGGAGGAAAGGAGAGGAACCCGCGGGAGGCUUGGAGGGCACUUUCGGAGGAGGGAGUUUCGACUUUCGAGCCACUGUGGAAACAUAUUCUUCCAGGACCAGAGCCAGAGCCAGAGAGCCAGAGGCACGGGAGGCUAUCCGUUCUGCAGUGGCAGUUGGGACGAGACGAGGACUUGGUGGCCCCCGGGGUAUCGUCCUGAGUUGGACAAGGGUUGGGACCUCUCUACAGCCAACCACAACCCGGGUAGAAGACCGCUGCCCACCCGGCGACAGGACCAGGGCGGUGGCUAA